AUGGCUUUAUCGGUUGUCGCCAACGCCACCCAUCAACAUCAGCCAAGUUUUUUCGAUUUGCAAUCUCUGUUUGAUCCUUAUUCGUUACAACAACACCAUCAACAAGAAUUCAAAUUUGUUAAUCAACACCACCACCAACAACAACAACAACAACAGCAGCAACAAUUAGAACUGCAACAACAGCAGCUUCAUAAUAGUCAUCACGAACAACAACAACACAACUUGCAACAUUCAAAAUCUGGCAGAUUCCAUUUUACGGAUUCAAUGGAUUUAAAUAGCAGUCAUAUUAAUCAUAACAACAAUAACAACAGCAACAACGAUAACGAUAACAUAUUACAGCAAACACAAAUCAAUCGUAAUUUAAUGAGUGGAUUUCUUCAUCAACAUUUCGGAGCUGAAUAUGAACCUGUUAUAACAUUUGUUGAUUCACCACCCAAUUCUGAAGAAUCUUGGCCGGAGGAUCAGUCGAAAGGAUCACCAGGACCACAAAUAAUAGACGUUCAGACUAUCUACUCGAACGGGGGAGCACGUAAAAGACGAAUGGAUUGGGAUCCAUUGGAUUUAGGUCAAAGCGAAAGCAAUGCUUCUCCACCCAAUGGCGAAUUACCAGCCAAGCUAUCAGCCCAUCAAUUAGCCGAUCUAAAGGAUAAAGGAUAUAAAAAGGAGAAAUUAAGCAGUGGUCGUACCAAUUGGACUGACGAUAUAGGAUUUGAUUUAAAUGCCGAAUUUAAUAGUAAUUCUUAUUUGAACAAUGAAUCUUUCAUGUCAUUCUCAUCGAGCUUACAACCAGUUCUCAAACAAGAACCGCAGACAGAGCAAUUGAAGAUUAACAAUAAAACUACGCUACACAAUAUUCCAAGUCCUGUGAGUAGCGUUAGCAUUCCAAAACAUGAUAAGCCAUCGAAUACGGUCAACAAUAGUGUUCUCAUCGAUCCAACACCGUCUUCGGGCUCAACAGUAGCUUCAUCGGUGACGUCCGAGAAACAUAAGAGCGGUGUCGAUUUAAUUGAUAAUCAUUGUGCAUGUGGUUCCCCACAGGCUAACAAUCAUCAGCAGGUGGUGGAACAGAGCUCCGCAACGAUCAAGGGAAACAAUGCCAAUAGCGAACAAGCACGCCAACUGCUAACCGUAGUUGAUGCCAGUAAAAUAGAACAAAAUCCUCUUGGACGUGCUGGAUCUUCAACACCCAUAGCAACAACAAAUGCAGCCGUUGUCAAUUCAGACGAUUACAAAUUCCAAUACAUUUUGGCAGCUGCCACAUCCAUUGCUACAAAAAAUAAUGAGGACACCCUAACAUAUCUCAAUCAGGGUCAGAGUUAUGAAAUUAAAUUGAAGAAAAUCGGUGACUUAUCCAUGUAUAGGGAUAAAAUUCUUAAGAGUGUUAUCAAGAUAUGCUUCCACGAGCGUCGUCUGCAGUACAUGGAACGUGAACAAAUGCAACAAUGGCAGGCCUCACGUCCCGGCGAGCGUAUUAUUGAAGUUGACUUACCACUCUCCUAUGGCCUGUGUCAUGUAUCUCAGCCAUUAAAUCCAAACUAUUUGAAUACGGUGGAGAUCUUUUGGGAUCCCAUGAAGGAGGUCGGCGUUUACAUAAAGGUUAACUGUAUAUCCACAGAGUUUACGCCAAAGAAACACGGUGGCGAAAAAGGUGUACCAUUUCGUUUACAAAUCGAGACAUACUUAGAGAAUAACAAUCCAAAUAGCAAUAGUGCUAACGGUGGCAGCGGCGUUACAGGCGUUGGCGGCGCCGGCUCUGGCACCAAAACCCCACCCACAACAGUGGUGGCCCCAUCCUCACCUUUGGGAGGUGCAGGCGGAGUUGUGGCCAUAGGCUCACCUCAUAGCCAAACGGGAAAUUUGACUCCCAAUAAUUUGCUAAAUUCAGCUGUCAAACAGCCCAUACAUGCUGCAGCCUGCCAAGUUAAGGUUUUUAAAUUAAAAGGAGCUGACCGCAAACAUAAACAAGAUCGUGAAAAAAUACAAAAACGUCCUCAAUCGGAACAGGAUAAAUUUCAACCCAGCUACGAAUGCACCAUUAUGACGGACAUACCGCUUGAUUUGAUAACAUCGACGCCAACCACCACAGCUGGUUGUUUCAGCCCCGAAUAUAUGAAAAUCUGGCCAAAUUCACCAGUUCAUAUACCAAAAUAUGAUGGCAUUUUAUCGUAUGCAAGUGCUUCGCCAAAUGCCAAUGCCAGCCCCAUAGCCAUUAACAGUGUCUCCUCAACAAAUUCUCCAAAUUUGAAAAUCAUGGAUGCCAAUAUGGUGGCCGCACCGGUUAUGGCCACCGAUACCGAUGACUAUAAUUCAAUAAACAUAAUGCCCGAAUCAACACCGGUGCAAGUAACCCAAUGGUUAACAUAUCAUCGCCUAACGGCUUAUUUAUCAACAUUUGCCCAAUUUUCAGGUGCCGACAUAAUGAGAAUGUCUAAAGAGGACUUAAUACAAAUUUGUGGCCUUGCCGAUGGUAUACGAAUGUUUAACAUUUUAAGAGCAAAGGCCAUAACACCCCGUUUAACGCUCUAUGUUAGCUUGGAUGGCAGCAGUUACAAUGCCAUUUAUCUCAUAUCCAAUACUGCUAAGGAGUUAUUGCAAAAACUUUUCAAAUUACCUGGCUUCUAUGAAUGCGUAGCCAAAAAUUCCAAUUCUUUGAAUGGUAGUGCAGGUGGUGGAGGAGGUCUCAUGGAUAAUUCAUCACCCUACCAUAGUUGGGGUAUGCAUUCCAAAUACUCGGGUUCCGGUUCCAGCAUUUUCAAUGAUGUCAAUAACAAAAGUUUAAUUUAUAUAACUGGGCCAUCGGGUAUUCAUGUUGCCAUAACCGAUGAGGUUCUAACAAAUGAAAUCAAGGAUGGUAGUCUAUAUGGUCUGGAAGUACAAAAUGGAAAAGUCAUUAUGAAAUUGAUGAACAAAAAUGAAAACUGAAACAAAAAAAAACGUUAAGACAUAUAUAACAGAAUUAGAUACAAAGUUAAAAAAGGAGGUUAUAACUACAAUAGUAAUUAAAUAAGAAAAAUAUGUAUAUAUAAAAUAUUCAAAAAUAAGUUUAUAACUACAAAAGUUGAGACCACUCAUAGGUUAUCUAAUUGUGACUCUUCAAUAUUCCAUAUUGUAAACUGAAAUCUGUUACAAGAUAGGGAAGAAAUGAAGAAAAGUUUCUAGUUUCCCAUCAUUUUAAAUUUUUAGAGCUAUAAAUAGGUAGGAUUGAUAUGUUUUCGUAAAUGCACAUUUUAUAAAAUUCUUGGAAAUGUCUUUAAUAGAACUUUGAGUAGGUAGAGUUGAUAUAUUCGAGCUCAGAGAAAAUUAUCGACUCACCAAAAUUUUAAGAAAUUCCAUAAAUAUUCCUUUAAGAAGAUAGAGUGGAUAUGCUCUAGCUCAAAGAAUAAUCGACUCAGCGAUAAUUCUGAAAUGCCGUUAAUAAAAUUAUGAGGGCCAUGAGUAGGUAGAGUAGGUAUGUUCUAACUCAAUGGAAAAUGUAGACUCACUAAAUUUUCAGGAAACACCGUUCGUUGAUAUUUUCUAACAUAAUAAAAUGUCUAUAUAGCGAAAUUCCUGAAAAUUCAGUAAAUAAAAUAAUGAGUAGGUAGAGUUGAUAUGUUCUAGCUCAAAGAAUAAUCGACUCAGCGAAAUUUCAGAAAUACCGUUAAUAGAAUUACGAGGAACAUCAAUUCAUUAAAAUUUGUAAAAUGCCUUUAAUAGAGCCAUGAGUAGGUAAAGUUGGUAUGUUCUAACUAAAUGGAAAAUUUAGACUCACUAAAUUUUCAGGAAACACCGUUCGUAGAUCUAUGAGAAGGAAGAGUUGAUUUUUCUUACUCAAUAAUAUGCCGAUUUAGCGUAAUAUCAGAAAAUUCAGUAAAGAAUGAGUGGAUAAUAUCCACAAUGAAUUAUUUUCUCAUUCAAAAUAAAAUCUCGACUCAACGCAAAUUAAGGAAAUAGGCCAUAUAAUACUAUGAGUAGUUAGAGUUGGUAUGUUCUAAUUCAAAGGAAAUUUUCGACUCGGCAACAUUGUUUUCAUAUAAUGUUGUAUAAAAAACUAUAAGUAGGAAGAGUUGGUAUUUUCUAAGUCAGAAAAAUAUUGACUAAUCGAAAUUCCAGGGAAUAUUGUAAAACAUUUCAAGCCAACCAAGGAUAUCAAUUCAUAUAUACCCAAUUCCGAGCUUAUUUUUUUUCAAAUUUAUUUUAUUUGGUAAAUUUUUCAUAUCGAUUUAUUAAGUGUUAAACAAUAUAUUUUUUAAAAUAUUUUCUUGAAAUGUUUUCAUUUCAAACCAACAAAGGAUGAACAUACAUAUAUGCCUAAUUCCGACCUUAAUUUUUAUUCAAAAUUUAUUUAAUUUGGUAAAUUUUUUCAUUUUUUUAUUGUUAAACAAUGUAUUUUUUAAAAUAAAGACAUAAAAAUAAAAUAAAAAAAGAAAAAAAAAGUUUUUGCAUAAACAAGUUUCAACUACAUAAAAAAGCAAAAAUAUAUGUUUGUGGCCAUAGGAUUUCAAUAACUUUUAUGUCUUAAGAUUUUUCUAGUUAAAGUUUUCAAGCGAAAAAAAUGUCUUUUCCACCCUACCAUCCCCAAAAAACAACAAGUGCAAAAUAUUUUAUUUUUCUUUUAUUAAUAUCAUUAUUUUCUUGUUAUCUAAGUAUGCACAUAUAUGUUUUUUUUACAUUUAUAUUUAUAUAAGUCUCGUUUUGUUUUAUUUUUGUCUUUUUGUAAACUAAAUUUAAGAAAAAAAGAAAUAUUUUGAUGAGAAAAUUAAAACCGAAAAAACUAGAAAAAACAAAGUCAGGCCCUCCCAAAAAAAAAAAAAAAAAAAACAAACAAACGCAAGAAUUGAACAUCUAUUAAACCACCAUCAAUGAAGAAGAAUCUUCAACUAACAACCCUUUUAAAAAAGAGAAUGCUCUGUAUUAUGUUUCACUAAUUGCACGUCCUCAUUAUUUUACUUUAUUAUUAUAGCAACUAAGUUUUAUAGCAAUUGUAGAGAACCCAUAUAGAGGCGUUGUACAUAAUACUGCAAUAAAAAAUGUUACACAAAAA